AACCCUGGCUUCAGCAUCAGUCGGAACGAAGCAAGCAGAGGAUCGGCACUUUUGCAUCUGAACUUCAGGGGGAAAAUGGAACGUAACACCAAAGUAUCUCUUCUGCUUUUGCUGCUUGCAGGCAUCUGUAAAGCCCACAAUGGAAAUGAUCACGAUGGAGAAAAUGAACACCCAGUGAGCGACUCAAAUACACAAGAGGACAUUUCCACCACUAUCCUCAGAAUGAACAAUGCAUCUAUGGAUAACCUGUUCGAAGGAGACAUAUUAAUCCCAAAAACAAGAAAUGCCUUGAAGUGCUUCAGUAAACAAUACAGCUGUUUCUGGAAAAAGUUUCCCAACGGAUAUGUGGAAGUCCCUUUCACUUUGAGCGAUCGUUAUGCCGAAGAUGAGAAGAACGCAAUUCGCAUCGCCAUGCGAGGCAUUGAGGCAAGAACCUGCAUCCGCUUCGUUGACCAUAAAAGAGAGAGGGCGUUUCUGAGCAUCCAACCAAAACCUGGCUGUUUCUCUUUGGUCGGUCGUGUUGGAGAGCAGCAGCUCGUGUCUCUGCAGAGGUUUGGCUGUAUAGCAAAUGGAAUCAUCCAACAUGAGCUGCUACACUCUCUGGGUUUCUACCACGAACACACUCGAAGCGAUCGGGAUAACUAUGUCCGAAUAAACUGGAACAACAUUAUGGAAUCUGCUGGUGUUAAUUUCCGCAAGAUGAAUACCGAUAAUCUUAACACUCCUUAUGACUAUUCAUCUGUGAUGCACUAUGGAAGAACUGCCUUUGGAAUCAGAAGAGCAGAAACCAUAACUCCAAUCCCAAACCCAAAUGUCCCCAUCGGCCAAAGGGUGGGCAUGUCUGAGAUGGACUUUUUCAGAGUCAACACUCUGUACAAGUGCUCAAGGUACCUCGGAUAAAAGAUUGGGUUUGGAGCGCAAUAAUUCAUACUAAUGUGACAGUAUGACAAUAAAACAUUGAAUAUUU